CAGAUGGCGCCGAUGGUCCGACUGGCCGCUGCUGUCCUGGUAAUGCAGGCACAAUGGCAGUUAUUCCCAGUGGAGCUCACCCUGUUGCAAGAGCACUGGAAGCCUCCCGAAAUUCCAGCAAAAGCACCGUGCCUUUAACCCAAAGGCCUGGAAUCCGACAUCAUAGAUUCGCCCUCUUCGUGCCUUUCCCAACCUCUUCGGAGGCAGAAAUCGCCUGUGGGUCCCUAACUCCUGAUGUCGAACCACACCGAGGACUGGUAGGGAAGGAGCUUAAAGUGAGCGGCAGCAUGCUGGAAGUACACUGGAUCGCUGAAGAUUGUCGCCUCCUCCGAAUUUCCAUCAUGAACUUUCUUGACCAGCUUUUCCUAGUGGUGAACACCAUACAGCUCUUUGGGCCCCCGGUUUCCUGUUAAGCCUGGCUGGGGGCCCAUUCUGACCUUAUCUCCGUCUCCUCCUCAGCAAUACAAUUUUCCCUAUGGAAAAGAUUCUAGAAGUAGUAGCUACUGCAUAAAUGUGGGGACCUAAUUUUUUUUCCUGAUUUGGUCCUCAGGCACUUAGGGGCCAUUUGGUCUGGUGCUUCAAUGUUUGUUGCUGAAGAAAAUAAAGCUAUGCUGCUAAUUUGCAUUUGA